AUGAGGGUUGGUGAGACCUUGCUGCUGGUAGCUGCGGUCGCCAUUUAUGGCGGCCAUGCCUUUACCGGAGGUGUUUUGAAUCGCCGCAGCGAAACGGUCCCCAGCACAGGAACCCCAGUCUCAUCGCAGUCGACCGAAACGCCCGGUUUCAGCUCGGCCGGCGCCACCGGUGCCGGCACCGUGGGCACCGUGGCCCUGGCCGCGCUGGGUGCCCUCAGCGCCGCGGCAGCGCGGAGCCGACGGGUCACGUCGCUGGUGAGCCGAGCUGCUGAACGACGGGUGGUGGUGACCGGCAUGGGCAUCACCAGCUGCCUUGGAAACACCCUCGAUGACGUCGCGGACAAUUUGAAAAAUGGCAAUUCUGGCAUUACUUUUUCCGAAGAGUAUGAGAAGCUGGGCAUCAAGAGCAACGUGCGCGGCAGACCCAACUUGACACCAGCAGAGAUCAAGGAACUGAUUCCCCGAAAGACCUUGCGCUUCAUGGGCCCCAAUGCCCAAUUCGCCUACAUCGCCUUGGAUCGUGCCAUCCAGGAUGCCGGCCUGAAGCCGGAAGACUAUGAGAACAACGAGCGAUGUGCCUCCAUCCUGGGUCAAGGUGGCACCUCCAUUCCGGAUGUCACCGAAUCCUGUGGCUAUGUGGCGGAUCAGGUGAAAAGAUGGCCCAGCAAAGUGGGCCCUUACCGCGUGACACGCACGAUGGGCUCCACUGUCUCGGCUGUCCUGUCCUCGGCCUUCAAGUUGCAGGGCCCAUCCUUUUCCAUUUCCUCAGCUUGUUCCACUGGUGCCCAUUGCAUCGGAGUUGCCAUGGAGCAGAUCCAGUUGAACAAGGCAGAUAUGGCAGUGGCUGGAGCCGGUGAGAACGAAUGCUGGCAGUUCACCGCAAUGUUCGAUUGUAUGGGAGCCCUUUCGACCAAGCGCAACCACGAACCCACCAAGGCCUCCCGUGCCUUCGACAAAGAUCGGGAUGGCUUCGUCAUUGCAGGCGGUGGUGGCAUGGUGGUCUUAGAGGAGCUGGAACACGCAAAGGCCCGUGGUGCCAGGAUCUACGCCGAGCUCACGGGGUACGGUGCGAACUCCGAUGGCUACGAUGUCGUGGCACCCUCCGGCGUGGGGGGUGAGAAAUGCAUGAAGAUCGCUUUGGCCAUGGCAGAUGAGAUUGCAGGCGAGAAGCAGGUGGACUACGUGAACACCCACGGCACCUCGACCCCCAUCGGUGAUGUCCAAGAACUGGGCGCCGUGAAACGCGUCUUUGAGGAGAAGGGCUAUCAGCCAUAUGUCGGAUCAACCAAGUCUAUGUCUGGUCAUGCCUUGGGUGCGGCCGGCGUGCACGAAGCGAUCUAUUCGUUGCUCAUGAUGGAUCGAGGCUUUUUGGCGGAGUCCAUCAACAUUGACGACUUAGUGGAUGAGGCUGAUGGAAUGAAGAUCCUGACUGAACGACAUGAUGGCGGUGUUGCGCGUGUAGCCUCCAACUCCUUCGGCUUUGGUGGAACCAACGCCUGUUUGGUCUUCGACAAAUUCGAGGCCCACGGCAAGGGGGGGCGUAGCUUGUCGCUGGUCGCUGCUGAGCCCAUGCGAGUGGUCGGAAUCGGCAGGGAGAACCAAACAGAUCGAAAUAUCACAAGUUUCACAGAGUUCAGAUGCCGGAAACUCCUUCAGCGUGACCGUCGCGUUGAGGGACAGGUCAAUACGACCCAGGGGGAGCAAUGGAAUGUGAAGAGAUCUGCAUGUGCCUCGCGCGCGGAAAAAGCGACGUGGACGACACGUCGUGUAUUGCGAGGCAGCUUGGCGGUUCUGCUGGCGCUGGCGGCCAUUCUGACGACCCCUGUGGCGGCCGAGAUCUUUGGCAACUUCAGCCUUGACGGCCUCAGCCAAGGCGCGGCCUUCGUCAAGAAGCCCAUCGUCGCGGGAUUGGUGGAGAUCCUGGAACCGGUGAUGUGUGAGUCACUACCACCUGCCCUGAUCAAGACCUUCAAGGAUGAACGCAUGGCCUGCAGCAUGGUGUGCAUGAUGGAGCACAUGAUGGCAAACCCGGACUUUGUGAAAGUCCUGAAAAACUUCAUCAGCACAUCCAUGACGAACGAGGAGUUGCUUGGAAGCCUCAAGGAGGUCAUGAGAGAUGCUUUGUCUGACAGCCACCUCUACAAAUCGGCCAUGCACGGUGUGGCGAAUAGCUUGAAUCCCCUACACUCGGAGACGCUGGGGAAGAUGUUCUCGCGCAAGGACAAGAGUGACAGCCCUCGGCCCUCCUGA